UGAUUUUGCAUUUCUGGGAGGAGAACUGUUUGUAAACUGAACAGUUCUCCUCACUGUCAGCUCGUGCACACUGCUUUGCAUGGCUGUGCACAGCCAUGCAAAGCAGUGUGCUUACAGUGAAGCACAGGGACACAGAACUAUGUAAAAUAGCACACAGCACACAGUUAACCCUUUUGAUUGCCCCUCAUGUUAACCCCUUCCUGUCCAGUGCCAUUAGUACAAUGUCAGUGCUUUUCAUUAGCACUGAUCACUGUAUUGGUGUCACUGGGGAUGUCAGUGACACCAAAUCAGUUCCACCCCCAGUGUCAGAAUGCCAGCCGCAGUCCCACUAU